AUGUCGACACAGCAAGCAUCAAGAUACCUCAUCAAGCGCGCAAUUUUUGGUUCAGCGCCCGUGGCUCGGGUUUCGGAGACGAGUCGACUGACGGCUACGAGGGCCUUGCCUUCGGCAUCGAGAAGUUUUCACAAUGCUCGCGGCCUCCCAGCGAUUACAUCCUCAGAGAGCCGUCGCAGACCGACGCUGCGGCCAUACCAGCAGCCAUCUGGAAUCAUGAGGGUGAAUGGCUCGUCCCCAGGAGACAGGCGGACGAUAUUCAUCCAAACUGAGACCACUCCAAACCCAGAUGCUCUCAAGUUUCUUCCUAAUCAUCGCGUCCUUCCUGAAAAUUUCCCUACGCCGUUCUUAGAAUAUCUUUCGCCGAGAUCGACUGUUGCUCCGCCGCAUCCGUCCCCGUUGGCUUCAAAGCUUCUCAAUGUUGAUGGUGUUUCGUCUGUUUUCUACGGACCGGACUUCAUUACCGUUACUAAAGCGAGUGAUGCCAACUGGGCUCACAUUAAGCCCGAGGUUUUCAGCCUGAUUACCGAGGCUGUGACGUCCGGAGAGAACAUUGUAAACACAGUCGAGCGGACAUCGGCAGAAAGUGCCCAGAAGGGUGGGGGCGAGGAUACCCUGGGCUAUAAUGAGGAGGAUGAUGAAGUCGUUGGCAUGAUCAAGGAGCUUCUGGAGACCAGAAUCCGGCCGGCUAUCCAGGAGGACGGAGGUGAUAUCGAAUUCCGCGGCUUUAAAGAUGGCAUGGUAUAUCUGAAGCUGCGAGGAGCCUGCCGGACCUGUGACUCGAGCACGGUGACACUGAAGAACGGCAUCGAGUCCAUGUUGAUGCACUAUAUUGAGGAGGUCAAGGGCGUGCACCAGGUCCUGGAUCCGGAGGAGGAAAUCUCGAUGCAUGAGUUUGCCAAGUUUGAAGAAAAGCUCCGACAGCAGAAGGGGCCUCAGGCUACUGCGUCCGCAGUGGGCAAAGGCAGUUUGGAUACGGCAGAGGCUUAA